AUGGCGACGCCGCCGCCGCCGGCGGGCAGCCUCCAUCCGCCGCGCAGGAGGAAGAGAGCGAAGCAGGGCCAGUUUGAUGCACUCCAGGAGACGGGCAGCCAGAAGAGCGUUCGCAUCUGCGGCAGCCUCUCCGGCGGACCUGCCAUCAAGUGUUCCUUCAAGUGCGGGGCCAUCAAGGGCGUCACUCGAUGCCCCGUCAAUCCAGAGGAGGUGAUCAAGUGGGAAUACGAGGACGGCGGGGCCGACUCAUUGUGCGCGGCGGUGUUUCGCGCCAAGUACAAGCACACGGAAUCGCGAGAGGAGGUGGCCGAUAAGAUGGGCAAGGACAUGGAGUAUCGCACUGGUUUCCUGGACCAUCGCUCCAACCUCGUUGACAGGAGGAAGCGGGGCAAAAGGGGGUUCUCUCGAGACCGUAACGAUCAGAAGCUGACGACGACCGACCGCUACAGCGAGGAGCUUCUUCCUCCUCCUCCAGACGUUCUCCCAGUGAAAGAAUAUGAGAAACGCUUCGAUCCCAGGCUCAUGAAAAAGGCUGGCCACUUCGUCAAGAAGGUGAACGGGCGGAAAGUUGUCGUGAUGCCACAGCCGGAAGGCACGCCAUGGAAGUUGCAGCAGGUCUAUGCCAACGAUUUGAAGCGUGCCGAAAUUCUCGCCGAUGGCGAUGAGAGCGGCAUCGAAUCAGAUGACGACGUCUGCCACGAGAAGUUCAGCGACCUGCUCAAGAAGAAGACCGAUGCCAUUGCAGAAGCAUCCAAGGGGAAGUCGUUUGCCGAGCUGCUCCAGAUGGCAGGGGUCGAGAAGGACGCGCCCCAGGCAGAAGUAGCCGAGGCUGAGCACGAGCAGGGCGCCAGGGGUGCCGAUGAUGGCAUGCUGAAGAGCGCUUCCGAUAAGAAGAAGAAGAAGCGGAAGCGGCACAAGGGUUGGGGCGACUUCACUUCGUCUGCGAGCGAGGAUGCAGCGCAGCGCCCGAGGGCGAGAGGGGGCGGCACCCGAGCCACCAAGCAGACGACUCCGAAGGAGAAGGGGGAGAACCCGCCGCCGAGAAGGGCCGUUGGCUCGAGGCGCUCCUCGGCUCCGACUCCACCAGCACGCGAGCCUACAGUCGCUCCAGGCGAUACAGUCGCUACAGGCCCUGCGGAGGUCGCUCCGGAGGGCGGCCGCGGGCGCCGCGGUCGGAAGAAAAUCCCCACGGCCGAGAACGCGAGCAGGGAGCAUGAGAUGUUCAACAAGGCUACCCCGAUGUCGCCUUUCUUCAGCGACGACCAGCGGAAGACUACCCAGCGAUGCAUAAAGAGGUACAUAAUGGGCGCGGACGAGGAGCUCAAGGUCGUUGGCGAGGGGCCCGCGAGGACCGAGCUGCAGACCCACGAGAGGACGUUGAUGUACAUCGAGACUGGCAUGCGCGCGCACCAGGUCUAUCACGGCGUAGACUCGACGGAGAAGGAUCGCGCACCAGGUUUCUUGAUGUUGUGGGACCAGAUCGUGGAGCUCUGCACCGAGGAGCCCGCGAUAGAGAUCCGCUGCGGCCACUUGUGGGACACGUUCAUGGAGGCCCGCUGUGCGAUGGCGAACGUGCUCCCCUUCCUCCCGGAGCUCACGCCGCAGGCGAUCAGCCGAAAGUAUCCGCAGAUGCAGCCUGACGAUGUGCGUAAGUGCCAGCGCUACAACAUCCGCGCGAUGUUGGCGAACUUCCUUGGUAGUACCAUGCAGCUCGACCCAGCGAGGAAGGCUUUGCUUGGUGCCCUAGACCCAUUCGUUGAGAAGAAUGCCACUUCCUCUUUGGACGAUGAGGCCCUGGACGACGAGGUGAAGAAGUGCUGGCUGGUCGUCGCCGGCUGCGACCGCCCGGGCGAGGUUCCUGACGAGGCGGAGGUGGUUGCCCUGGAGGGCGUUAUCUCGUUCUUCCAGACGUUCGACACUUCUGCUCAUCUCCUCGGGCAGUUCAAGAGUCAUACUCGUCUCGGCGGCCUCAUCUUCGACUCUGCCCUGAAGCGCAAGGACGACGCGCGGGCGCAGCUUUCCACCGCGGCCGACCUGAAGGAGCGCGUCGGCAUGAUGAGGACCAUGGUGAAUGAGGGCGUCCUUAACAAGGGGGUCGGCGAGCUCUUGGCGAGCGCGCAGGCUGUUCAGGCAGCGGGGCAGCGGCGAGAGGCCGACUGGCUCCAGAAAGACAUGAGGGCUCUGAGCUCUGGCAUCGAGAGGUGCUGGAUGAAGCUAUCGGCCGAGAUCAGCGAGUUGUGGAUCGGUGUCUUCGGCCCCAAGAAGUCCACCGAUGCCGACGUCCCGUAUUUGAACAACGUCCUGGAGUCCAUGAAGACACCCUGUGACUUGGAAGUGUCCCCCGAGCUGGCCCAGGAGCUCAGGGAGUUCCAGACGGCGCUGCCCUGGCUUGCAGUUAUGAUCUCCUGGUUCUCCAACAUCGAUAUCCUCAGGAAGGCUCAGGGGGGCGACAUCGGCGCCAGCGACCUCCCGCUCCCGGACCUCCAAGAGCUCGCCAAGUUGAUGCAGCGCGAGAACUACGACCGCAUUGACGCGUACAUCGAGCGCCUGAGGGGCAAGGGGUUCAUGAGCCCUGACUUCGCCUCGUCUAUCACCUCGCAGCCUGUCUCGUCCGAGUUCAAGGGCUCGCUGCCCGACGCGACCCCUCCCCCGCGCCUCGCUCUGCAGGAGAUCGGCAAUCAGUUGAUGGCGAAGCUCCUUGGUGACACCAGGGCCAGCCGGCUAAAUAUCAACGCCGCGUUCAUGCGCUGCGUGAGCAUUGCGAGUAAGCCCGCGGUGACUUUGGCCCCCGAGGAGCGGGAGUCGAUCUUGUCCUUGAGCAUCGAGGCCGACUGCCGCGCCGUCACGGAUGGCAUGAUGUGGUCCAACGCCGUGCUGGUCCAGGUGGACUUCCUCGGCCGCUUUGUGGCUCUGACCAAGGCCGUGGUGACGGCCGCCCAGCACGCGACGCUCCCCUCGCACGUGGGCGCCGUGAAAGCGCUCGCGAGCGCGCUGGGCGCGGUGGAGGCCCAGCUGUCGGUUUUCUCGCAUUGGGGCAGCAUUGGCGACGUCGACUUCCCAGCCUCCUCUGGGAUUGCGGACGCCCUUCUCCAGUGGGGCCGCGGCCUCCAGAAGUCUCUCGACGCCGAGUGGGGCAAGUGCCUCAAGGCGGCGGCCGACAACGCGAAGGGCGCACUGCCCCCCACGGUCCUCGUCAACAACGCCCAGCUGCUGGCGAACACUGACCUCCAGCGCCAGUUGCUGGACAACCCAGAGAGCAAGACCUGGGUUGCCAUCAUCUCAGGCCUCUCGGAUAAGCUGGUCUCACUCAAAGGUUUGUCGUCGCAGGGGGUCAAGCUGUCCAAGCCCUUGAGGGAGUGCUACGCGGACGCCUCGGCCGUGAAGGUUCGCGGGAAGACGGCGGUGGCGGUGCACUACUGCAUCGGGAAGCUCAAGAAGCUGAUCGAUGACGGCCAUCAGGAGGACCCCGUGAAGCGGGAUGAGAUGGCCCAGAAGUGCACGGCGCAGGUGGAGAAGAUCAAGGCCGAAUUGCCCGAGUACCUCACGAAGAUGCUCGACGCGAUGGCCAUCAAGAAGGAGACGGCCGAGCAGGCCGCGGGCGAGCCGUAG